AUGAAUACACAACCUUUAAAUCAAGAAAAUUUCAAACAAGCUAUACAAAGCUAUUUGCUUAAAGUUUACGAAAGUUUUUGUCUUGUUAUUGCUUCUGGAGUUAUUAUUUUUAGAAUUGAAAAUAAUAUUUAUCAUUUUGCUCAGUUGGGAUUUUGUGAUACUUGUAACAUUAUAGGACAUACUCUUUAUUUGAUCUUUCAGCAAAAAUCUGAAUCUGAAGAUUUUAAAGAAAUUAAUGCAUUUUUAAUUCAUGCUCACGAAACAUCCUUAGAACUUUUUAUUUUGGAUCAAAAAUUUGAGCCCUUUUUUCGGUUAAGAAGAUUAUCUAAUAUUUCAGUUCCUUAUAAACAAGGCACAAUUGGUGGUGUUAUUGACCUGGUUCAGAAUUUGCUAACAUUUAGAAAUAUAUUAAUAUGUACUUUAAACAAAUUGAAAGAAAUUGAUAAUUUGUUUAAAAUGAAACCACAGUUUGUUGCUAAAGAGAGUAAAAAACAAAAUGAAGAUAAUAAGUCUAAUUUUAUAAGAAUCCCAACUCUUAACACGCCACUAAAAUAA